CGGGGCGCUGCGAUGUGCAGGAUGUCGUUCAAGAAAGAAACACCGCUUGCCAAUGCUGCAUUUUGGGCUGCAAGGAAAGGAAACCUGGCUCUCCUCCAGCUGCUGCUGAACAGUGGGCGAGUAGAUGUGGACUGCAAAGACAGUCUUGGCACCACAGCUCUGAUGGUAGCAUCUUACUAUGGCCACAUAGAUUGUGCACGGGAAUUGGUGUUGCAAGGAGCAGAUAUCAAUCUGCAGAGAGAGUCAGGUGCAACUUCUCUGUUCUUUGCUGCACAGCAAGGCCACAAUGAUAUAGUGAAGUUUCUCUUUGAAUUUGGAGCCUCCACUGAAUUUAAGACUAAAGAAGGAGGUACUGCUCUUCUAGCUGCUUCUCAGUACGGGCAUGCAAAAGUAGUGGAAACACUGUUGAAGCACGGUGCCAACAUUCACGAUCAACUUUAUGAUGGAGCCUCUGCAAUUUUUCUGGCGGCACAAGGAGGCUAUCUGGACGUCAUCCGAUUGCUGCUUUCCUCGGGAGCAAAGGUUAACCAGCCACGGCAGGAUGGGACGGCUCCCUUGUGGAUUGCGUCGCAGAUGGGUCACAGUGAGGUGGUGCGGGUAAUGCUGCUGCGGGGCGCCGAGCGGGACGCCGCGCGGGACGACGGUACAACUGCUUUACUGAAGGCUGCCAUUAAAGGGUACAACAAUGUGAUAGAAGAGUUGCUGAAAUUCUCUCCCACGCUUGGCCUGCUGAAGAAUGGGACCUCUGCUCUCCACGCAGCCGUCUUGAGUGGCAAUGCAAGGACAGUGGCACUGCUUCUUGAAGCAGGAGCAGACCCAUGCCUGAGGAACAAGGCAAAUGAACUGCCAGCAGAACUAACACAAAAUGAACGCAUACUCCGACUCCUCCGCAUGAAGGAAAAGCAAAGGAAAAGCUAAUGCACCCCUCCAGCAGAUGGUUUGACAGAGAUGUGCCCUGACCACAGCAACGUGAUGGUAAACCAGAAGGGCUUGUGGGAGCAGUUUGCAGAACUGAUUAGCCUCUCCAGUACACGCUUCCUGGACACACGAGGCCCUUGUCAUGGGGUUACCACAGACCAGGGCCUCCGCCUGGCAUCACUGAAUGCAGAAGGACUGCGAUGAGCGCAGGGUUUGGUCCGGGAGCUGUGUUUGCGCUGCAGCCCUGCCUGUACUCCAGGAUCCCACCGGUCCCAGCGCUGAUGUUUGCUCCCUUGUGUCUUCAGCAUCUGCAUCCCUGCUGUUUCAGACAUGGGUCCCCAUGCUGGCAUGGCUGUGCACCCGUAAUGGGUGCCUCGGGGUACAUGUGUGGAUCGGGAGCACUCAGCCCUUGUGCCAAAAGGAUGCCCUGACCUUGCAGCUGUUUGGAUGCAGCUAGUCCUGGAGCAGCCCCAUGGUGCUGCUGCUCUCCCUUUGCUGGCAGUGCCUGCUCAGACCAUUCCUCUCUACCUCCAAGUGUGCAUGGGCCUAGAGGUGAGAUUCCCACCUGUGACAUCCCAACAGGAAUAGUCCUCCUGCCAGCCCAGGGCUUUGGUAAAAUUUUGGCUGCUACAUGAAGCUCCAUAAAAAUCCAGAGCAUUACAAAUUGUGCCAAAAGCUGCAGACCAAACAGUAAGCAAGAUGUCCUCCUCAGCUGUAGCACCUUGUUCUGUCAGUCUGUCCAGCAACAGAGACCCAGCCGAGCAGUUGAUAGUAUUUUGCAAUGCGUACGCAGUGCUGUGUGGACCCAUCCCCAACCCUACAGGCUAUGUACAUGCAUUUCUGUGGGCAGGGGAGGACCAGGUCCUGAGCUAACCAAUCAGGGCAUAUAAUUGACUGGCGCAAGUACAUCAGAAAUGUAGCUGCCGGGCACAGCAGCACAGAUGCUCCACAAGUGGUAUAUGUAUGUUCCUCCCACACAUAUAUAUGACACUAUGAUUUAGUACCCACAACCACUAUGCAAUGCACUUGUUCCCCGGGUCUGUAACAGGAGUUAAGGCAGAAGUGCACAGUGUACAGGUGUUCAGCAGCUGGUGAGAGGGUUGCACAUAGCCACACUUGAACAGGCCCACUAAUUAAGGCAGGCAUGGAAAAUGAACUCUGAACAGUAAUUUUGGCCUUUGUUGUGGUUGAGACGCUUAAACAUGCUACUAGUGCCUGUGUGGGGAAGGCAGUGCAAAUUGUAGGUGGUUUGUGAAGAGCUGUUUCAACCAUAUUGCUAUAAAAUACCCCAAUAAACCCCAGUCAUUUUUGCAGUGUAAACUGUAUAUACUGUGUCCUCUUAGCCCCAAAAACAUUUGAGAUUAUUUUAGAGUGAGUUAAGUUAGUACAUAAAUCAGGGCACUUCACCUGCCUUCAAACCUUGCCAAAUUACUGAAAAAUGGCUUUAAAAGUUGAAGACAGAGAAGAUUGUAAGGAAACAAAAUAUGCCCUGCAUAAAAAAUGUCUGCCUAGGAUUCAGCUGGACUGUUGUGCUUUUGCUUCAGUGAGUUGAAAUAAAAAAAAAAAAAACCCACAACAAAACCCAAAACCUAUUAGUGAGCUGGCACAAAUUAAUGUAGUUUACUUAGUGCAUAUUAGCCAUAUAUAUUACGAAGUUGGUUGUGUGAGUACAUUAGGUAAGAAGUCAGGGUUCUGGUGAAGAGAACAGAGUGGGAGUACCUUUGCUUUGGAAAACUUGAAGUUGGAAAACUUUUAAGUUUUCCAACAGUAUAAGAAGACACCUGAAAAUAUCUAUUUGUUUAUGUAAUUAAUGUUGCUGUAUUUUAAAAUUAAAAUAAUGUGCCUAACAGAAACUUGCAGAUUAACUGGUGCAGAACCAAAGAAUUAUGCAAGAUGCUUACAGGAUUAUUGUAUCCAGGUUUAAGUUCUGCAUAAACUAAAAAAUACUGAGCAUGUGGAAGUUUCAAGAGCCUUAUCAGGAGCUUCAAGCUGCACAGCAUUACAUGGGACUGUACUCUUAACUGCUUUAACAAGGGACACUGGAGAGGAUAGCUUUAUUGGGACCCCCCAGGGGCUUGAAGAUGAACAGAAUUUUUUGGAGAAUGCUAGAGGGACUCUAGGCAGCCUGGCCUCAAUAUUGAUCUUUCUCCCUAAAAUUUCUUCAGAUCAACAGCUAGGAACAACCACACUCUUAAGAUUAAAAGCUCUUUCACGGUUCUAAAGGAGGAGGAUAAUCAUUAGAAAGUCUUCAGUAGUCAUGCUGGGUGAGCAAUAAAUAAUAUUAGACAGGCUGAGACAACAACAUGCAGGUGUCCAGUAUCUGUAGGUGGCCUCUCCUUUCUGCCAGGCAUAUUUUGUUGUGAGCAUGGUCUCACCCCAAAGGAGGCAGCUACUCAGCAGAGAGCUUCUUCUUGAAUUAUCCCUGUACAUGGGAAGAUGCAUGUCUGCUCCUCUCCAUUUAGAGUAGGACUUUUCAAGCUGUGUGUCCAGCUGCCUCUGUGGCUGGCCACCACAGCUGGAGCUCCCAGGCAACGAGUGAAGAACACCUGGGAUGCUGCAUCCCAUACAGAGCACUUGCUGACCUUCUGAGAGAAUGCAGUUACCAAGUCCUCUUUCUUUUUUUGUUUUGUUUUGUUGGGUUUUUUGAGUGAUAUUGGGCUAUGUCUGGCUUUUCUUACUUCUAAACAAAAUUUGAAACAUGGGGCUAGCACAGCUUGAAAGGAGAGGCUUUUAACUCCCUCCUCGCUCUCACUAGAGCUGGCUGAUAGGGCACACGGGCUGUGUGUGUGGAGCUCCAUGGUGUAGAACUGGCAGCAAAGUCUCUCUGCCCCAUUCAGGCUGAAGUUGACUCUAACUUCUGCGAAGUCACUGUUCAGCAACACAGGAUUUUUAGGCAUGGAAACCUUCCUGCUGGGAGCAUCUGUUUACUCUUGGAGCCUUUGAAGAGAGGGCUGGUUUUAGUUUUGGGUUCCCUGUAAUCAAAAGGUGCUUAUUCUGCCUGUAGAUGGGCUCAAAAGUUGCAAUACUGUUUCUCACCAUGCAAGUAACCUUUUCACACAGAUACCUUAAUAAUUUUUAGCAUUUAUAUAGCUGCUGUUAUCUUUAAAGAGCUCAGUAAAUACUGCUGUGGCUUGUUUGUUGUUCUAAACCGGAAACCUGUUUUCCCUUUAUGGCUGAAGUGAUUCACUAAUAUUGACAGUAGCUCUCUACAUAGUUGUAGUGCCUUUUGUGCAAGGCUUUCAGAGUGCUCUGCAGACACUGUUAACUUUGUAAGUUCCAAAAUGCAUUGCUGGGGAAGGCAGGGAAAUAGAUGUUCAUUUACACACCAGUGAAAUACAGCAGCUGUUCAUCAGUUCAUGUCAGUAGACAAGAGCAAAUCCAUUUCAUAGAUGGCAGGACGAAGGUAGGUAUCAUAUAAUAAUGUGAAAUAGAACUGGGACAGGAUAGCAGGCCAAAAUGGGAUUUGGGUUGGGUUUUAGGGUUCCUUUUCCCUCGAAAGGGCUAAUAUAUAUCCAUCUUACACCCCCAAAAAUGAGCUCCUCUAGUGGACUACUUUUAGGCUUGCCUCUGCACAUUCAGAUCCCAGGGCCCAGACUGCUGUCCUCUCCACCUGGAAUUUAUGCAGGUGCUGUAACCUGGUGACUUUUCAUCAGCUGCAAGUGAGUGCAAAGGAUGUGCAGCCAACAACAGGCUACAUAAAUGAGUCAAGACAAAGUAUACAGGAGCUUUCUUUUACUUCAUUAAUACCAAGCUAUUGUAGGAUGGGAAUGAACACAAGGUAAGGUCCAUGGUGUAUAGAGAAAAGUGGCAUCCCAUCAGUGACAUGGUAGUGGUAUAGCCUCAGAGAUCCCAAAUACAUGGAGCUCUUCUUUUGAGAUUAUCACUGCAGUGCCCAUCAUCUGCAUUUGAGAUGAUCACUGCAGUGCACAUAAGACAACUAUUUAGUUAUGACACAACAAAAGGGACUGUUGUGCCUCCUGACCUGGACAUGCUGUUCUUCCCCUGGAGUGAAGCACUAUUGAUCCACCCACCUUUGUUUGGUCUAGCAGAGCUGAGAGGAUUAUUGCACCAGAACAAACAGCUGCAGGUCAUAUUUAAUGCACUUUAACAAUUAUGAUUAUUUGCUCAGCCAGAGCCUAAUUGCAGGAAUGAUUCACGCUUCUUUAUUCUUUUAUUUAAUUGAAAAAUCAAUAAGAAAAUCAAAUCUCAUGUUAUCUCAGAAACUGUAGAACUCUUGUAUAGAAAACGAGGUAGCACAAACCCCAGCCCAUUUGUGCUUUGCUUAGUAUGAACACUGAACAGAUAUAAAAUACUGCCUUUGUCUGGAACCCUUGAGUCACUGGUGUUAAAAUGUUAACGUGUGCUACAAGUCCAACCAAAGAUUAUACACAAGGUUCUUUUUUCCAGCAGUGGAACAUUGUACUGCACACACGGAACUAAUGGGGUUGUGUCUUCUCACAGCAGCGCUGCAUUUGGUCACUGGGAUUGUCACAAUAGUCUAAUACUUUUCCGAAUUCCUGGGUUUGUUUUGACCUGUCUUUUUAUGCAUUGAUAAAACCUAUUUAAAUUUGUGUAACUCCAUGUAAGACUAAUAUUCUACAACAUGUUUCCGUCCCAUCAUUCUAAUAAAAAUGAAUAUACUACUCA